AUGGAAGAUUGGAGAAGAAUAGAUAUUGACGCAUACGACCCGGACUUCACUCUGAGACCAGAAGAACUGCAACCUGCGGUUCCUGAAGUUCCCACAGAAGUUGUUGAACAAAAAGUGCAGCAGGCACGUACGUUGGUGUCUCAGGGAAAAGCGAUUGAUGCCCUCAAGUUUCUACUUCAAGAUCCGCCAUACGGAGCCGACUCUGUAGCCAAGGACAUAUAUCUCCUGCAAGUGAUUGAGACUCUCUCGUCAGUGAAACAGUCAGAUAUAUCGUCUACGAUUGGCGAACUGGAUGCGGACCAACAGGACGUGCUCGUCAAGUAUCUCUACAAGGGAAUGGGCUCCGGGGAGGGCAGAAAGCAGUCAGGAAUUUUGUUAAACUGGUUUGACAAAACCAUUGAGGUUGCAGGAGAAGGAUCCAUUGUACGGUAUCUAAGUGACAAGAGGUUUGUCUAA